UGGCUUUCAGGUUGCAAACCGUUUCUCUUGCUGGAAGAAUUGCAUUGAUUGCAGCACACGAUGAACUAUGAAAGCCAUUGAAUCGUUUGAUGGGCUCAGAGAAGCGUAGCUAAUAUGUACUGAGACAUGGUUUGUCAAGUCUUUCCCCACAUUUCAACCUCAUAAGGAAGGCCCCAUCUGAUGGUACUGGUUCGAUGAAGUUGCUGAAGUUCUUGCAGAGAUAUCCACAUGGAUGUGACAGCCUGACAGUUUACAUUUUCAGAGAUUAGAAAUGGCUUUGAUGAGAGGUUUCUUGGGUGCAAAGAAGAUUCUGAGCCGCUCUGUUACAGCUACAACACCAAAAGGGUUUCUUGCAGUGUAUGUUGGCGAGGACCAGGUCCAGAAAAAGAGAUAUAUGGUGCCAGUCUCAUAUUUAAACCAGCCUUCAUUUCAAGCUCUUCUCAUUAAAUCCGAGGAAGUGUUUGGGUUCGAUCAUCCGAUGGGUGGCUUAACGAUCCCUUGUCCUGAAGAUGCCUUCAUCUCUGUAACUUCUGCGCUACAGGGAAGAUAGAUAGAUCUAACAUUUUUUAGCUCGCGUUAGUGAUAUAAUUUAUUCAGUGUAUAAAGGUCAACCUUUUUCCUCAAAGAAAAGAGUUGUGUAAAAAAGGUUACAAUACACAAAUGUGAAUGUCAAUUUUUUUGUGUCUGAGAAACAAUGGUGUUAAUGCAAAUUGCAGAAAGUUUUCUACGAAAAGCUU